AUGGAUGCCACAUUCAAGACCAAUGUGCAGGAUCUUGUGUUAGCUAGCCUCGGACUGGUCAUCUUGCACCAGGUUGGCGGAGUGGUGCGCAAUCGAUUCUGGCCGGUAGUUUGUGCUGUGUGUGACAAGGAAGAUGAACCGUGUUAUGCCCUCUUAUGUCGAUCUUUCCAGAAGCUAUUGGAAGCUUCGGGUUUGGAUUGGGAGAAACUGGUGACGAAUGUGGUCAUGGAUGGUGCAGGCGGUGCCAUCAAUGCCACAAGUGCAUGCUUUCCAGACGCUACUUUGCACCGGGACUUAGAACACAUACAGAAAGACGUCAAGCGCACCGGGAGCAAGAAGAAAGUCGACUCAGAGUUGACAUUGGAGAUAACGGACAUCAUCCAGUUCAGCGCGAAAAUCGCACAUCCACUACAGUUCCAUGUCAUCUGGGAAGACACGUUGCGAAGGCUGCGUGACCCCGAAGACUGGAAUCAGGACAGCGCAGUUUGUGAGAAAUUCGCGGAUUACUUGGAGAAGUGGGUCUUGCAGAAGAAAGGCUUGUGGUGGAGCGCAGAUUGGCAGAGUGGUCUCGGUCAAGUGUGCCCGGGUUACGGUACUUAUGUGUCGAAUUCCCAAGAGCGGGCUUGGCGUUCGAUCAAAGGUCUUUUCAAGAAAGGCUUCCGACACCAGGAUGUCAGCCAAUUGGUGCGUGAAACAGCAGUGACCCUGCAGACUCUGGUGCGCGGAGGACAGUAUGCCAAAGCAUGCUUUCAAAUCGAGGAGCCUCCUGAGUCACUUGCGUACAGUGCGAAAAGGUUAAAGUCCGAGCAAGAUGAUGAAGGAAUCCAAUCCCACCGGCUCACAUUGGACUUGAUGCAGCAGUGGCGAGAUAAGGAAGGUGACGCAAACACCUUUCUCAAGUACGAGACUGCGGGCCGCAUCGGGUCGACUGUCGGACGGUGGACAUUACUUCAGUCAUCGUUAUGCCAAAGUACAAAUUGGAGUAUGCCAAGAACAAGAAAACGGACAUGGUGCAGCGGUUGGACUUGGCACUUUGUUCUUUGUAUGAAGAUGGUGAAGCUGCUUUUCGCACUGCUUUGGGAAACCCAAGGCAGUGGUCCUUUUCCAUGCAUAAAAAAUUGUUCUACAAGUACACUGUGA